AUGUGUCGACGUGGGAAACGAGGUGGUAAAGCUCGCGGAAAUGCGAAGUCUCGUUUAUCUGGAGGAGGCUUGCAGUUUCCAGUGGGUCGCAUCCAAUGUCUGCUCCGCAAAGGUAACUAUGCCGAGCGCGUUGGAGCUGCUUCGCCUGUGUAUAUGGCAGCGGUGUUGGAGUUCCUAACGGCCCAAAUCUUGGAGUUGGCGGGCAGUGCCUCUCGCGACAACAAGGAGACGCGCAUUAUGCCGUGCCACUUGCAGUUGGCAGUCCGUAAUAAUGAGGAGCUCAGCGAUCUGUUGGGCGGUGUGAGUAUCGCUCAGGGUGGCGUCUUGCCGAACAUCCAUGCCGUGCUGCUGCCCAGGAAGACCGAGAGCAACCAUCAGAAAGUGCAGAGCAAGUAA